AUGAUAAGUCGUGACACUGGGUUCUAGGAUCUGGAGAGUGGAAUUUAGAGUAAUAAUUUAUCAUCAGGAUAAUUGGUUGAUUUGGAUUAAAACAGUCCAAUUAAUGGAUAAUAAUUAGAUCCAACUUUAGAGUUUUCUUAAUUAUAAUAACUUGAAGCUCUGAGAAUGAAAAGAGAUAUUUUUGAUAAUAAGCAUAAACAAGCAUUAAAUUUAGGAAAUAAAUCAGAUAUAAAUGAAGAAGAUUGUUUAAUUAGUAAUUUCAGGUAAGAAAUGUCUAUAAAAUAGUGGAAAAAGAAGUGAACCAUAAGGAUCAAUUAGUUCUAUAAGUUGUAAUUUAAAGAAGCAAAAGCCUGUAACUUCUAAACCUCCAAAGCAAAGGUCAAAUAAAACAAUUUAGUUCUAAUAAAAAUUAGAGUAAGAUGAUUUUGUAAUUGGAUCACCAAAAAAUCAAAGUGGUACUAAUAUUUUAGGAAUAAAAUCUGAUGCUAAGAUAGUAAAAUAUUAAACAUUUGUUUAAUAAUUGGAAGAAGAGUAAGAGUAAAAUGAGAAAUAAAAAAGAGCAUAAAUGCAUCAUGAUACAUUGAAACAAUAAUCAUUAGUUUUGAGAGGGAAGAGUCGAGAAAUGAAAACAGGGUAUUGACAUUAAGUAAUUAGAAAGAUUAAAUGAAGUUUGGUCAUAGAAAGCGUUAAUUAUAAUAAGAUUAGUAUCUCGUUUCAUAUAACAAUUAAAGACCAAAACAGAAAGAAUAAAAUUUAGAUUAAUAACUUAAAGAAUAUUUGAAGUAAUUUGCGAUAAUAGUGCAAAUUUUGAAUAUAUGUUAAUAAAUAGAUUAAUCAAGUAGAAACCAAGUUUAGGAUUAGUAAUAUUCCAUCAUUUUUCAAGUCGAGCUCUAACAAUAUUAAAUACAAUAGAAUAUAUUAAUGAUUUUCUGAGUAAAUAUAUUAAAGUCAUAAAACCUGAUAGUUUAUUUAAGAUAGUUUGGGAUAUUAUACUAUUAUUAUUUAUAGUGGUUAAUAUAUUUUAUAUUCCAAUUUAUAUUAGUUUUGAUGUUAGAUCAUCUGGUUUAUUUGAAUGGAUAUUUGAUUUAUUACCCUCAUGGGUAUUUAUUGCAGAGAUUUUAUUAAAUUUUAAUACAGCAUAUUAUGAUAAGGGAUUAAUGCAUGAGGACAGAAAAUAAAUAAUGAAACAUUAUGUAAAAGGUAAUUUUUUUUGGGAUAUAAUUGUUGUAAUCCCAUUUUUGAUAUCUUAUUUGGAUAUACCAUUUGUUAGAUAUACUUUAUUAUUAAGACUUACAAGAUUAUCACCAUUAAUGACAAGUAUUGAAGAAGUACUCAAUUUAGAAGUAUAUAAUUAAUCAAUUAAAUAAUAGGAUAGUCUUUAAAUUGUUCUAGAUUUAUUAAAAUUGAUCUUUUUUCUAUUAUUAACUGGACAUUUUUGUGGAUGUGCUUGGCAUUGGGUUGCAAUAAUUGAAUAUUAAGAUUAUGGAUAAGAAUUAACUUGGCUUACUCGUUAUGAACCUGAUGCCAUGAAUUAUGAAUGGUUUGAUAGAUAUAUUAUUUCUUUAUAUUGGAGUGUUAUAACUACUGUUACUGUAGGUUAUGGUGAUAUUGUACCAGUUACUACAGUAGAGAGAGUGUUUGUUAUUGUAGUAACUUUGUUAAUUUGUGGAGUCUUUGGUUAUUGCUUAUCUAAUAUUGGAAAUAUAUUUAAAUAAAUAACAGAUAAGAAAGCUGUCUAUAAAUAAAGAAUUAGAGAAAUAAAUUAACAUAUUAGAAAGAGAGGGCUAAGUUAUAAUCUCCAAUUAAAAGUAGAUAUAUUUAUAUAAAUUCUUAGGUUAAAAAGUAUUUUGAAUACUUUCUAAAAGUUAAGUAGGAAGAAGAUCAACAUGCAGAACAAUUUAUAGAACAAUUAACUAAACAUUUAAGAGAAGAAGUCUUAACUGAUAUAUAUAGUAAAACACUCAAACAAUCCAGAUUUUUAAGAGAAAAUUUUAGUGAAGAAAUUCUUAAUCGAUUAUGUUAGAUAGUAAAAGAAACCAAAUUGUAUCCAGAAUAAGUACUUUUUUAAAGGAAUGACUCUCCUAAGGCAUUAUGGUUUGUUUUGUCUGGAGCAGUUGAGUAUGUUGCUGAUCAUUAAAGUAUAUUAAAUCAUUAUAUCCUCUAGAUGAAGAUGAACAUUAUUAUACUGAAACAUUCUUAAAGAAAUUAACUCAAGGGUACUAUAUAUGAAAUUAUGUAUUAUUAGAGCAGUUAUUGGUGAAAGAGAAUUCAUAUCUCAAACUCCAUAUGAAUAUAAUGCAAGAGCUACUAAAUUUACUUAAUUAUUAGUUGUAGAGUAUCUAUAUCAAUAUUAUUGAUUAGUUAUUAACAAUUCUAUUUAAUAUUAUAAGAAAAUAAUGAUGAAUUUGAGAAGUAUUGUUUAGCAAAAGAUAAUCUAUUGUUUAAUAGUAAUUAUAAAGCAUUCGGAUAAAUUUGUGAAAUUUGUGGAUGGACUCAUCGAUUUAUUUAGUAAAUCUAUAUAUUAUCAUAUAGAUGUCCUUUUGUGUUUUUAUAACCUAAUAAAAACAAAAUAGCAAGUUCCUUUGUUUCAACUAAAACUAAUAAAAGAUUAUCAUUUCCAUAUAGGACACUUGCUAAAACGAAUUGGAGAAAUAAUAUGCCUGAAGUUUAAGAAGCUGCAUUAGGUUACAUAGUAUUAAAUAACAUCAUACCAGAAAAGUAAUUAAUUUAUCAUCAUUCAAGAGAAAUAAAUGAUAAUUAUCUCGUUAAUUUGGGUUUUGAACUAAAUGAGAGGGAUGAAGAACCCUCUAAAAUAAUACCCAAUAAAAAAAACUCGAUGUCCAAAGAUCCAAAACUCUUAUCUCAAUAUGAUAACACACUUCAAUAAUAACCUAUUUAAUAACCUUCUAUCUAAACUGUCUUAUAAGAUUAAAAGUCAUAAAAUUAGACUGCAAUAUUUCAUAAAGAUGGUUAAAAGGUUAAUUUAACAAAUGUAAUUUGUAUUUUUAAUAUUUUAGGAAAGCUUUAUAGAUUGGGAUUAAGGUAGUUAAUUACGAAGAAGCAUGAAUAGAAUUAAAUUUUAAGGACUUGAUAGAGGAAGAACACUUUAAUCAAUUAAGGGUAAAUAACAUCAUUAAAAUAAUGGAGGAGGAGUAGAUAUAUUGGAAGAAUCUAUGAUUGAAGAGGAACUCAAAAUUUAAAAUACAAAUAUUGGAUCAUAAAAAUUUAUUCACAGUAAACUUAAAAUGGUGAAAAGUAAGCAUAAUAAUCAAAAUCCAAUCGGAAUAAGAAAAGUAUCAUGGCUUGAAUUUGAUAGUGGACCACUUUAACAUUAAGGUUUGUAAAUAUAUAUAACUUUUUUAGAUGGUAAAGCUGCCUAAUAGUUAUUUAAUAAAUAAAUUAGUAAAGGAAGUGAAACCAACUUUGAUUAAUCUCCUCCAAUAAAUUAAUAAGAGAAUGAUAUCAAAUAAAGAAUUGAAGCUAGAGAAAAUAGUAUAAUUUCUAAAAAAACAAAUAAUAAGUAAUAAUAAUUAUAAUUUUUUAGUAUUGAUAUAACAAGAAGAAAAAAAAGAAGAAAAACUACUUAACUUUUAUAAUUCUUUUAAGGUAUGGAUAAUGGAGAUACUAAAUCUACAAAAAGAGUUGAAAAAAGUAUAUUAGGAAAUGAUGUUUACAGUUCUAGUGUAUAUACAACUGGAGGACCAAGUAAUACUGCAUUAAUGGAUUCGAAUAAUAAAGAUAAUAAUAAUGCAGAAAAUAAUAGUGUACAUGUUGCUCAUUCAUUUGAUGGUAUUUAGAAAAGAAUCUAAGAUAUUGUUCAUGUUCAUUUUGAAAUGGAUUUGGAUAGAUAUAAAUCAUCUAAAUUUUAUUUCCCUGAUUAUAAUGUAGAAGUAGUAUUAUAAAAAAUCUCUGUAUAUUAUGAUAAAGUGAAUGAUAAAAAGUUUGACAUGAGAGAAAUGAAAAGAACAAAAACUAAUCUAACUCUAUUUGAUAGAAUUAGAUAAGCAAAAAAUCCAACUAUUAGAGGAAGUUUUGUUGAUAAAUCCCUUUAAGAUAAUGAUUGA